GAACUGGUCCAUUGGGCAGAUCAUCUCUGCAAAGCACUGCAGCUUGAUCCCAACCCAUCGAACAUCCUACAGCCCUUGUGGCUGCAUGUCAAAAAGCAUCAUGACUGCAAUUUCGGGUGGUCUUUGCAUACUGCUGGCAGCAAAUGCUAUCUCUAUUAUUCGUGCUGAAGGUUUCUUCAAUGGACCGGUGACAUUCGGCUCUGGCGAUCAAGCACACCCUGGUGGAGGAAAAUCUUUUGCCAGCGUGACACUUGGGGGUGCAGGUGACACAGCUACUAGCAUUCAAAGGGAUUCUAAAAUAAGCACCGGGUCUGAGAAAGUUCCAGUAAAUAAAAUCUCAGAGUCAACCAUCUCGAACCAGCCCCGAAUAAUUCAAUCAGCGACACCGCAAAUCUCCGUCGUUCAGACACCAGCGCCACAAGUUCGAUAUGCUGAAGGCGAUGCACCCCAGGUAAGGAUUCUUGGGGGUGACCUUGAGGACGGCGUUCCACAGUCUCGUGUGCCUUCGCUCAGCUAUCUGCAGCGUACAGCUCCUCAAGUCACCAUUUCUCAGGCGCGCCCUUCAGUCUCUGUUACCGGUGGAGAGACGUCGCAUGGUUACACAGUUGCCGCGCCCGGCCUAACAAAAACCGGUAUCUUUGGCUAUCGUUCGGGUGGCAGUUUAACGGUUGACAGCGGAGCCCCCCAAGUCAGUACGGUGCAGACACCUAACCUUCAGAUACAGGUGCCUCAGCAGGAAAUUAGAUUCGUUCAGGCACCUCCCGCUCAACUGCACGUACUUGAAACGCCUGCUCCUCAAAUUAGGAUCGUUAAAGCUCCGACUCCUCAAGUGCAAGUUCUGCAGGCCCCGGCACCUCAGAUCCAAAUUCAGCAAGCUGCCGUGCCUCAAAUUCGAAUUCAAAAAACACCCAUUCCACAAAUUAAAGUGCGAGCUCAACAACCGCAAAUCUCUGUGUCCGGCUCAGCUACUUCUCACGGAUAUACCGUGAAUGCUCCAGGUCUAACUAAGACGGCUACAUUUGGUUACCCUUCUGGCAGCGUAAGUAUCGCUCACUCCGCUCCUCGUGUGACUGUGGCUCAAGCGCCUAAUGUCCAACUGAGAGUAACUCAGCCGCAACUACAGGUCCUUCAAAAUCCUACAUCUCAGAUCAAGAUUCAGCAGGUUCCUGCACCUCAGAUCAAGAUUCAACAAGCUCCAGCACCUCAAAUCAGGAUUCAACAGGCUCCAGCACCUCAAAUCAGGAUUCAACAGGCCCCAGCGCCUCAAAUCAGGAUUCAACAAGCUCCAGCACCUCAAAUCAGGAUUCAACAGGCCCCAGCGCCUCAAAUCAGGAUUCAGCAAGCUCCAGCACCCCAAAUAAGGAUUCAACAAGCUCCAGCUCCUCCAAUCAGGAUUCAGCAGGUCCCUUCUCAAAUCCGAGUGCAAGCUCAGCCAUCUAGGAUCUCAGUUUCAGGAUCGGCUACAUCCCACGGAUACACAGUUAACGCUCCUGGCCUUACCAAAGUAGCUACUUUCGGCUAUCCUUCUGGAGGUGUGAUUGUCUCGCAAUCAACGCCCCGGGUAUCAGUAUCCGAAAUUGCUCCUAGACUUCAAGUGCGAUUACCUCAACAAACUCGGGCCCCCCAGAUCAAUGUUGUCCAGGCUCAAGCUCCCCAAAUUAGCGUUCUUCAGCCCCCUGCCUCUCAGACUCGGGUUCUUAAGACAGCUGCGCCCCAACUUCGAAUUUCUGCCCCAGUGCGCCAGUUACAAGUACGUACUCAACAACCGGCAAUUUCAGUUUCCAAACCAAAUUACUCGGUUAAUUCUUUGGGCCUGACUAAAACUGCUACGUUUGGCUACCCGUCAGGCAGGGUGAGCAAUACUCAAUCGGCACCUCGUGUAACAGUCUCGCAAGCUCCUGCCGCAAGGCUUCAGGUGCGCAUACCACAACACCAGAUCCAGGUCGUUCAAACACCAGGGCCCCAGAUAAAAAUACAACAACCACCGGCUACCCAAAUAAGCGUGCUGCAGGCUCCAGCUCCUCAGGUCAGAGUCCUUCAGGCGCCGACUUCACGAAUUCGACUUUCCACUUCUCCGCAGGUGCGCUUACAAACCCAACAGCCUAAAAUCUCGGUAUCCGGGCCAGCUACAUCUCACGGGUAUACAGUAAACGCGCCUGGUCUCACGAAAACUGCGACAUUUGGCUAUCCUUCUAGCGAAGUCAGGAUUACCCAAUCGGCCCCACGAAUCUCUGUCGCUCAGGAAGCCUCGAAACUGCAAGUGCGCGUCCCUCGGCAACAAAUUCAAGUAGGGCAAACUCUUGCUCCACAGAUCCAAAUUCGGACACAACAACCUCAACUUCAAGUCCUUCAGGCACCAGGACCUCAAAUUCGUAUUCAGCAAGCUCCGGCUUCUCAAAUUCAAGUCCGGACCCAGCAGACUAACGAAACUGGAUCCGAAAUCGUUACUUCGUCAGGAUAUACCAUAAGUUCUCCCAGCCUCACCAAAACGGCCACAUUAGGUUAUCCUCCCGGCGACGUAACCUUUAUUCAGUCGGCUCCACGUGUUAGCGUCACCGAGCAGGGUGCACCAAAGCUCCAAUUUCAAAUAGCCCAACCUGAAUUACGAGUUCUUCAAUCUCCCGCACCACAAAUCAGAAUUCAUCAGGCACCUGCAGCCCAGUAUCAGCUUCUUCAAUCACCUGCACCCCAGCUACACGUGAUCGAAACACCAGCACCAAAAAUUAGCCUUCUCCACUCUCCGGCCCCUCAAGUGCAUGUACUACACUCUCCUCAACCCCAGGUCCAUCUCUUGCAACCAGCGCCUGUGUCCACUUACUCCUUAGCAGCACAGCCACAGAUUUCGCUGGUCAAAGGUUACCGACCGCAGAUACACGUUGUUGAAGCCCCCGCUCCUCGCAUCGACGUCAUACAGCCACCAACACAAACUAUAAAGUUAGAAGCUCCCAAGACAAUCACCACAAGUAUUCCCGGCUUUUCGGCGCCGACUGUUCGCCGGCAGGCCUUCAAUACACCGUCUCAUGGCUACUCUGUAUCUGCGCCGGGAUUCACGAAGCAUAAGACGUUUUCUGGCCCCUCUGUAUAUGGUACCCACCAGGGCGGGGGUGUUUCGGGGGCCUCCGGCAUUGGAAACGUCGACUUGAGCAUUAGGCAGGCCGCCAAGGCUAAAGCCGCCUGACAACUUAAUCAGACUUGGAUGAUUGGGUCAAACCAAUCCAAACUAAGAUACACUGCUGUGAAUAACUGCAUUUAUUGCUAAAUAAAUACAAUAAAUAAAUACUGUUAUGCAGCUGUGGCUUUAUACUAGCUGCCGUUUAUUUUUCAGGGUUAUACCACCGCUACUCGACCGUGGAAUAGGAGCAAAUACUAUGUCCGAAUAGGUUACUAUCUAUAUAUAUGCUACACAACAAUGUAAACAGUGUCGACCGGCGUUGGGCAUCUCAUUGGGGUGCGUGCUCACGUCGAAUAGGUUCCAAGACGCUUAAUUAGAGUCGCUUCUUCUGUCACGAGUAGAAAAAGCACGUUUUUAAUCUUCUUCGAUUAAAGUUUGAUGAUAAAAAUAAAGUCCAAUUAGAUUAGGUACAGACAGA